UAUCAGAAGCUAAAUGUUGCUCUGCAGCUCCUGAACUCUGUGUUGUUUUCAGAACCAGUGGCCGACCUCAGAGUGGUUCUGGUGGGUCAGGAAAGAGUCGGGAAGAGCUCAGCAGGAAACACCAUCCUGGGAAGGAAGGAGUUUAACUCUGAACUCAGUCUGGUUCCUCUGACUCUGAGCAGUAAGAGGGCAGAAGGAGAGUUUAUGUCUCGUAGAGUCUCUGUGGUGGACACGCCCGGACUCUCCAGCUCUGUUCUUCCUCCAGAACAAGUGAAAGCUGAGAUCCAGAGAGCUGUGGAGCUGAGCUCUCCCGGUCCUCAUGUUUUUCUGCUCACCAUCAAGCUGGGAAGAUUCACUGAACAGGAGCAGAGAGGAUUGGAGAAGCUGCAGGAGAUUCUGGGUCCAAAGGUUUUCAUGUACAUCAUGAUCCUGUUCACCUAUGGAGACCGACUGGAGAAAGAUGGCAUCAAUAUUGAUGAGUUUGUACAAAGAGAUAAAAACCUGCAGAAACUGGUUAGGAGUUGCAGUGGGAUGUAUUACAUUUUAAACAACCAGAAAAUGGAAAACAGGAAGCAGGUCCAGGAUCUGGCCAAAACAAUAGUUUCACUCAGGGAUGUUGAGGAUUCUUCUCAAGUCAAUGAAUUGCUGAAGAAGAUCGACAGAACGGUUCAACAAAAUGGAGGAGGUUUUUACACCAUUAAAAUGCUUGAAGAGGCAGAGAGAGAAAACUCAUUUAUCUGGGCUGCUGCUGCCAGAGCUGCUGUUGGAGCUGCUAUUGGAGCUGCUGGUGGAGCUGCUGUUGGGGCUGCUGUUUUAGCUGCUGUUGGACCUGUGAUCGGACCAAUGGGAAGUGAUAUUGGAGCUGCCGUUGGAGGUUCACUGGGAAGUUCUAUUGUAGCAGCAGUGGGAGCUUCAGUAGCUGUAUUAAUGGAAGGGAAGACCUGCAUUAUACAGUGA